UUGAGUUUGUUUUGUUGUAAACAACAAGAAUCGAUAAAUGUAACUACAUAUUUUGCAGGAAAAAUGGCUCCAUCAAAAAAGUCACCACCAAGGCAGUCAGAUGAAUCUGAAAGUGAUCCAGAUGAGCCGGUGAAAAAGGCCAGGAAAAAAACCAACAAGCCAAUUACGACAACAAAGAAACCUGAAGAGGAUAGUGAACCUAAAACUCUUCGGCCAAAUUUGAAUGAAAGUUAUCAAGAUGACGAAAGCGAGGAUUUAAUGAAUUUGGUUGGUUUUAACAAGUUUUAGGAUUUUUAAAAGUAUUUUCUUUUGUUUAGGUUAUUCCUGAUAAACCUCUUUGUUUCACCAAACAAAACAACAAUGGAGAACGACUUAUGAUUGUUAAAAUUGAAGCAACAAAUUUCAAAAGUUAUUUCGGAACAUCAGAAAUCGGACCAUUUCAUAAAGUAAGUUUUAUUUAUAAUUUUUAAAACAAGAUACAUGUAAAUACACUCCCAAAAACACCGAUUUUCAGAGUUUUACAAGUAUCAUUGGUCCAAAUGGUUCUGGAAAAUCGAAUGUUAUCGAUUCUCUUCUUUUUGUUUUUGGAUUUCGAUCUGGAAAAAUUCGAUCGAAAAAGAUCUCAAAUUUGAUUCAUAGUUCAGCAGGAAAACAAUGUGAUAGUUGUACGGUUUCAAUCUAUUUUCAAAAAAUUAUUGAUAAAGUGAGUUUUUGAUAAUGAAACAUACGAUAACGUUGUACAUUUUCAGGACGAGGACAAUUAUGAAAUCAUCGCAGGAUCUCGAUUUUCAAUCUCAAGAACGGGUUAUAAAAAUAAUUCGAGUACUUAUGCAAUUGAUGGAAGAAAUGUGCCUUUGAAAGAAGUGGAAAAUCGCUUGAAAAAAGUUGAGAUCGAUUUGACACACAAUCGCUUUUUGAUUUUACAAGGAGAAGUCGAAGCAAUUUCAAUGAUGAAACCAAAAGGAGUAAAUCAAAAUGAAGAAGGAAUGUUGGAAUAUCUUGAAGACAUCAUUGGCUCAAAUCGUUUCAUGGUUCCAAUUACAAAAUUCGAAGCUCGUGUUUCAAAAUUAUCCAUGGAAUCAUCACAACAAAGAUGUCGACAAGAAACAGCUCGAGCAACAAAAUGUGCAUUAGAACCCGAUGUUAGAGAAGCUGUUGAAUAUUUGACAAAAGAAAAUGAUGUGACUAUUUUGAAAAGUAAAUUAGAACAACGCAAAAAGUAUGUUGAAAUUUUGUAUUGGGAAAUUUGCAAUAACUUAUUUUUUUAUAGAUUGAAAUACAAUGAUCAACUUGGUCCACUCAAAGAUGAAUUAGAUGCGAAAAAAGAGGAAAUGAAAGUGAUUGGAGAGAAAUUGGAUGAAAACAAGAAAGGAUCGAAAGAUAAUGAGAAAAUGGAUAAGGAAUUGAAUAAGUACGAUUUUUAUAUUCAUAUAAGUACAAUCUAUUUUUAUCAUUUCAGGCAAAAGGCUGAAGCUGAAGCAGAAUUCGACAAAGCAAAACAAGAAAUUGAAGAUGAUGUGACUGAAGAGAAAAAGAGAAAACAGAAUUUGAAACGAUUGACAACAGAUAUCGAAAAAAUGGCUGCAGAAAAAGAAAAAGAAGAGAAAAAGGUUAUUUUCAAUUCAAAUGUUUGUUUUUUAAUAUCUAUUAUCAUUUCAGAAAGAUUCACUUCUUGAAGCUCCUGAAAAAGCUGCGAAGAAAAUUGAAAAAUUGAAAGUCGAAUCGGAAAAUUUGAAAGAAAUUGAGAAAAGUGCAAAUGAGAAGGCUGAUGAGAAUUUAGCGAUUUUUGACGCGAGAUCUGAAGAGUUUCAAGAAGCGAAAACUGAAGCAGAAAAUGAAUAUGCAAAGGAAAAUGAGAUAUUGAAUGAUAAAAAGGGAAAAGCGUCGAUUGCAGAAGCUGAAUUACAAGAUUUGAAGAAAAUGGCAGAUAAAGGAAAGAAUACGGUAGUUGAAUUGAAAGCGAAAUUGGAAGAAACUGAAAAUAAAAUAGUUUCUGAAGAAGAGGAAAUUGCUGAAAUAACACCGAAAAUUGAAGAAAAUCAAGAAUUAUUCAAUGAAGCAAAUCGAGAUGGACCAGCAGCUCGUGCAAAAGAACAACAAUUGGAUCGAAAUAUUCGAGAAAUUCGCGGAAAAAUCAUGGAUAUGUCAAAUCAACAACAAAUGUUUCAAUCUGGAAAUCGAGCAUUGGAGGCAUUAAUGAAAGAGAAAAAUGAGGGAAGAUUGCCUGGAUUUUUGGGAAGAUUGGGUGAUUUGGGAGCUAUUGAUUCGAAAUUCGAUGUUGCUAUUUCAACAAAUUGUGGAUCGUUGAACUCGUUUGUUUGUGAAACUGCUGAUUCGUCGGCCAAAGCUAUCGAUUUUCUUUGUGCUGUGAGUUUUCCGAAAAAAUGUAGUCAAACUAUAAUUUUGAAAUUAUCUAAAUUUGAAUUUUUCUAAUUAAAAGAAGUUAAUUAGUCCAAAAUUCUCCGGUGACCCCAAAAAUGUGCGUUUUUAACAAUACCUUGUUCAAGAAUUUGUUACAGAAAAAUUUCGCCCUGAAAUCGCCUGAAAAAAACGGAAAUCAGGCACUGUUAAAUUGAUUUUCAUAAAAAUUUUGCUUUGUAGUUUCUUUUCAGUUUCUGUGAUAUGACACUACUACAAUAAUACAUUCAGCGAACAAUUUGAGUUUUAAAAACUGUAGUCGAAACCGAGUUAUGUUUCCGAAUAAAAUAUUUUUCAGCAACGUCUCGGUCGUGCCAAUUUCAUUUCAAUCGACAAAUUACAAGUCAACACGGCAAGAAUGAAUCAAAAACCAGAAGAUUUUCCAGCUCCUCGUUUAUUCGAUUUGAUCAAAUGUGAAGAAUAUGCUAAACCGGUUUUCUAUUUUGCGUGUAACGAUUUGCUUGUUGUAAAAGAUCUUGGAGAAGCACAACGAUUGGACAGAGCACAUAAUCGUUAGUGAUUUUAAUUUAAUAACUCAAAAGUUUCCCACAUAAAACAAAAAUUUCAGAUAAAUAUGUGUUUGUAACUCUUGAUGGAGGUAAACUUUCAAAUGAUGGUUCGAUUACUGGCGGAGGUCAACCGAUUCGAGGAUUGAUUGGAAGUGAAGUGAAAGUUCAAAGAAGAGAUACAAAUGGAAAUGCUAAUGAGAUUCAAAAAUUGCAACAAGAAGUUGAAAAGUUACAAGAAGAAUAUAAACAAGUUGCACCAAAAGCUAAAGCUGUAAGUGUAUUGAAGUUUUUUUAUCAAAAGGAAAAGGUUUUUGCAGCUUGACGAACAAUUAUUCACAAGUCGAAAUGAAAUCAAAAAAUAUACAGAACGACUGAAAGUUUUGAAAUUAUCUUUGGAACAAAAUCGAACGAAGAUUGUCACGCUGAAAAAAACAAUUGAAAUACAGGAAAUUGAGGCGAAAAAAGUUGAAGUUGAUCCGAAAGAUAUUGAAGAAAAACAGGAAGUUGUUCGCAAGCUUGUUCAAGGUAAGUUAUUUGGAUUUGAGCGGGAAAAGGGGGUUUUGGGAAUAAUAACGGGGGUUUUAUUUUUUCGAAGGACAAAAUCAAAUUCAAAGUUCAACAAAAUUUUUAGAACGAGAUGAAGCGGAUAGAAAUGCGUCGAAAGCUCGAAAAAUCGUUGAUGAAGUAACUUCAAAAGUUGAUGCAAUGUUCAAAGAACUUGUUGAAUGUCAUAGAAAAGAAGCAAAAGAUGCACGAGAAAAAAGACUAACAAUUGAAAAAACAAUUGCAAAAGAAACCGGUACAAUUAACAAUUCUGAAAGAAAUAUUGGCAAAUGUGAAGAAAGAAUUGCACAAUUAGAAAAGGAUAUGGAAAAAAGACAAAAAGAUAUUGAAAAAGUGGAGGAAAAUCAAGUUGAUGAAAAUGCAUUGGAAGAAAAACAGAAGAAAUUAAAAGAAUUGGAAGAGAAAAUGAAGGAAUUUGAUGAGAAGUUUAAGGAAAUGAGAGAAGCAAAAAUGACAUUAGGAAAAGAAGAAUUAGAAUUGGAAAAGAAUUUGAAAGAUAUUGCUGAACUUGUUAGUGGAAUGAAAUAUCAAUUGAAAGAAAAAAAUGAAAAAAGUUGAAGAUAUUGAUGAAAAUGUAAGUUGAACAUAAGAAAUAUAUUGUUUGGAAAAAUAUAUGAAUGAAAAUAUUUCAGAUAUCUAAACUUGCACUAAAUCCAGUUCCUCGAUUCGCAUUUCUGAAUCCAUCACAAAAACCAGAAGAUUUACGAAUCGAAUUAACAGAAGAAAUUGAUCGAGCAAUUAUUGAUUUACCAUCUGAAGAACUUGAGAAAAGAAUAGCUGUUUGUCGUGAAACAAUUGCCAACGAGGCAUAUUCAUUGGAACAUCAACUGAGACAUAUUCAAUCAAGUGAACAAGAAUAUGUUGAUCUAGGAGGAGAUGGAAAAUCGACGAAAAUACAAAUGUUAUCGGAAGACGAGUUGAGAGCAUUUACUGGAGAGCAAAUUGAAGAAAUGCAAUUCAAUAGAAAACGAUUCGAACAAGAACUUGAGGCGAUGAAAAAUAAGGUGAAUUUGUGUGUCAUUGAUGAAUAUUUUGAAAAAGUCAAGAAAUAUAAUAUGGAAACUGCGAAAGCCAACGAUAUUAAUAGGAAUUAUGAUUUGCAUCGGACAAAAAUGUGCUUGUUGAAAAGAAAUCGAGCGGAAGAAUUUCAUGUAAGUUUGGGAACAGGGAUGUGUUAGAAAAGUGGAAAAUUUUCGAAUUUUUAAAACUCGAAAAUUCAGAAAGUAAAUCUGAGAUUCUAAUUCUAGCUGAAAAGUGAUCUGGGCAUUUGUUUAAUAAAUUCUAUCUGAUUUUGGAUUUCAAUAAAAAGAGGUUAAUUUUUAUCCGGAUUUCCAAUUUUUUCAAAUUAUGAUUUUUUUCUCAAAUUCAAACUAAUCGGGAAUUUUCAAAAGUUCUAGAAAAGUUAUCGCUAUUUUUGAAACCUAGUUUUCCUCGGUUUUUUUUGGAUGUUCAAUGAAAACACUGUACAAAGUUUCCAGAAGCCACACUCUACAUUUUUUCAAACGAAAAACUGUAUUUUUAUUGAUUUUCAGCGGAUUUUGAUGGAUCACUGAAAAAAACGCAAAAUUUUCCGACACAUUUAUUUUUCCAAAAAUACAAUGUUUUUUUUCAGUACGGCUUCAUGUUUAUUUCACAAUCUGUUCGAGAAGUAUAUCAAAUGUUGACUGCUGGUGGAGAUGCUGAUCUUGUGGCAAAAUCAGGAACCGAUCCAUUCUCAGAAGGAAUUCAAUUUCUUGUUCGACCUGCCAAAAAAUCAUGGAAACACAUUGAGAAUUUGUCAGGAGGCGAGAAAACUCUCGCUUCAUUGUCUCUCGUUUUUGCUCUUCAUACAUUCCGACCAACUCCGUUUUAUGUUAUGGAUGAAAUUGAUGCCGCGUUGGAUUAUCGAAAUGUUUCAAUUAUUGGAAAUUAUGUGAAGGUAUGAAUGUUUUAAAAUCAAAAAUUAUUGAAGUAUUUUUAUAUUUUUUUCAGGCGAGAACAAAGAAUGCGCAAUUCAUUAUCAUUUCAUUACGAAACAAUAUGUUUGAAUUAGCAAAUCGACUUGUUGGAAUUUAUAAAGUGGAUGAUUGUACUAAAAAUGUGGCAGUUGAUCCGGUUAAAAUUUGUGAAAAAUCAAAAGAGAUAUUUUUUCAACUUUCAGGAAAGGUAGGGUUAUUUCUUGAGAUUAUUAUUAAAAUGAAAUCUCUCCUUAUUUUUUCAGGUGUCUUGCACAUUGCCACAAGAAGUAACUGCAGAAUAUCAAAAACAAAAAAGUGCUAUGAAAAAGGCGCAAACAGCUCAAGAAAAACAAUAUGAUGCAUUCCCAUCAAGCAAAGAUAUCGAUAGAGCUGAACAAAUAUUGCAUAUGCAGAAUAGAUUGGGAAGUGUUAUUAGUCGACAACAAGAUCGAAAUGAUGCUGGAUUAGAUUCGAAUCGACCACAAACAUCGGCUUCGACAACAAAUCGACCAAUUUCGCAAGCAUCGACUAGACCUGAAUCAAGGAUAUUGGAACGUGAGUUGAAUAUUUUUGCAAAGUUGAAAUCUGACAAGAAUGAAUUAAUUUUUUAGAGCUGAAAAUACCAAAUGUUCGAUUAGUUGCAACUACAACACCGCCAUUACCAGUUCCAACAGAACAAUUGAGCGAAGUUGAUGAAACAGUUCCGGUAAGUUGUUUCAAAAUUAGGAAAUGUUUUAAUGUCUAAAAAAUUCUGAAUUUUAGCAGAAAACCUUUUCUUUCAAUGAUUUUCCAGAAAGUUGCGAGUUUUUCUCUAAAACCGGAAACACUUUAAAAAGUUUUUCUCUUUUGUUUAGCCUUGAUUCGAUUUUCAGGAAACAUCGGAAUCUCAAAAACAUCGAGCAACCGAGGAAGCUGCUGUUGAAGAUAUGGAAAUUGAAGAAUCACGAUCUAACGGAACUUUAACCGCAGUAUCUGUAACAAAUGGAAACGACGCAAUUGUAAAUCAAGAAAUUGAUGAGAAUCAACGUGUUUAA